AUGGCGGAGCCCGGAGUUGGUGCAGCGGCGACGACGACGCCGGGGAAGACGGGUGGGGUUCGCCUCCCGGUCCCUGGGGAGGAAGUGAAGGUUCCCACUUGGUCAGAAGUGGCGAAGGGAGCUCCCAGGCAGCCGGUGUGGUCGACCCAUCGGAUUUCUCCAAGGGAGUUACAGGCGAUGCAGAGAAAGUAUCCGGAGGUAUUGGAGGUUCCGGCAGAGGAGUUGGAGGGGACGAGGUCGGAGUGGCGGAACACCACAGUCAUCGUCCGGAGUAUGGGGAGGAGUGUUCCGGCAGUCUGGGUUGCGAAGGAGAUCCGCCGGGUGGGCAAGUUGAAGUAUGAUGUUGAAUGUUUUCCGUUGGUGGAUGGCUUCAUUGCAGUGAGGUUUGCCAACGAAGAAGACCGGGAGGCUGCUCUAUUGAAUGGUCCAUGGGUGGUCGCCGGGCAGCUGCUCGCAAUGGAACGGUGGCGGCCCAACUUUGUCCCGGGAGCUGCUGGGUUAGGCCGGGUGGUUGUGUGGCUACGUCUUCCGGGGCUCCCUCUGGAUUACUGGAAAGGGUCUACCCUGUUCCGGAUUGCGGCGAGGGCCGGUGAACCCUUGGCAAUGGACAGCUUCACGGAGGGGGGGGGCCGAUUUGGUUUUGCAAGGGUUAAAAUAGCGUUGGACUGCUCCGCCCCGCUGAAGCCGGGGAUCUUUUUGAAGGGGAGCUCGGAGAGGUCUGAGGAUAAGUUUUGGCAAGGUUUUCUAUAUGAAAACCUGCCGGCUCCCUGUUCUAAAUGUGGUAGGAUUGGGCAUCAAAUGCAGGGGUGUGUUCCCAUGUCACCGGCGAUGGGGGGGGGAGGUGUGGAAGGAAGCUCAAGCACCAGGAAGGAAACGGUUGGGGAGAGCCGUUCGGAGGUUCCGGCGAAGGCGGAUGGGGAAGGAGAUGAGGUGGGAGAGCAGGGUGUCUUUGGCCCUUGGCUGGUCACGAACCGCCUCCGCUUUCAGCGGCCGGCUAAUGAAUCCAGGUGGGGGAAGGAGGCAGCCAAGCAGAAGGGGAGGUCGGAUCCGGUGUCGUCGCCCGGGCGAGCUACCCCAAAGGCCACCGGAGAUACACCGGAUUCUACCUCUACAUCGCCGAUUGAUCUCGAGGGAUGGCAGAAGCCUUCCAAGGUCGCCCGACGGCGGACGCUUGAGAAGGACAUCGUGGCUGCCGGAGCCGGGGCAACUGGGGAGGGACCAAGUCAACUCGGUCACAGCUCCGAGCCGCAAACCGAGUCGGGGAGUAAAUUGGGCUCGAGUGGGGCCAGUUCCUCAACGGGCCAGGCUGAAGGGCCCAAGUGGGAGAAGGCUGGAGGACCGGGCCCAAGCUUGUUGAAGCGGGCGAGAGCCCCUGUGGGAGGCCGGGCCCAGGUUGGUGGGGGGCAGCAGCGGCCAUCAUCGGGGCUUUUGAGGAGGACGGAGGGAUUCCAACGGUGGCGGAGCCGGAGUUCACCUCCGCCUCAGUCAGCGGUGCGCAACCGUCCCCCCAGGGUGGACCAGGAGCUUCGGGUAGCGGGGGGAGUGAUGCGUGCUGGAGGUGGGACGACGCUCGGACGGAAGCCGACGCGGACCAAGACGGGUGCAACGAUGGAAUCGGCGGAGCUGGAGCCGGCGGUGACGAUUGGUGCACCCUCGGAGCUGACAGAAAGGAAUCGUGGGAAGGAGACUGGUCAUGGUGACGGUCUGGUUGGCGCGGUUGCAGGGGGUUCCGGGGAAGGCACUGUUGACAGACCGGGGGGGGAGUUCAAGCUUGAUGACGGUUCCCUGGGUGAUGGAGGCUUGUUGGGAGAUGGCAAUGAGGAUGGCCCUGUGACUACGGCUCAGACAGAUACCAAGGGGAAGCAUAAGCAGGCUGUGGUCCUAUUGAUGGCCUCUAUCAAGGGGGUGAGCACCAAGGGUUCUGUGAGGAAAGAGCAGAUGGAAGAUGAGGCAGCAUGUAGUAGUGGCUUCGGGGAAGUAAGCCACGCCAAUCUGUCGGGUGAUUUAUGA